UAUUGACCUUCUGUAUGCAACUUUAACUCAAGUCAACAGUGCGAUUUAUGCACCUAUGAAGAGUGCAAGUUCAGUUACAAUCCUCGGCAAUGGCAUGAAGUACGCCACGUUAACUGCGACGUUGCAGAACGAUCUUGGACGCUCCAGACAGACCGAAAAGACAUCAAAAAGCACCAGUCAAAAUUUUGAACACUUACAGGGGGCUUUCAGAACUUUCGAGCCAUCAAACUUUCUGCAAACGCUGAAUGCCUACGUGUUGCCCCACUUGGAAUAUGCGAUACACGCCUGA